AUGGCUGCCAAAGUGCGUGUAGGCAACGAGCCCUUCCACCAGAGUUGCGACAGAUCAUUGAACUAUGUAUCGAACUGCACAUUCCCGUGUUCAUUGAGAACCCAGCUGGGUCACUCGUCUGGAAAGCGCGUCGUCUUCGCCGAGUGCUUCAGCAUUCAUCCUGCCAGCAGAUCACUUUCGACUGCUGCCAGGACGGCGCCGCCUGAAGGAAGCGCACCUCGUUGGCAGCGUGGGGAGCUGUCGACCUCGAGCCGCUGGCAAAGCGCUGCGCUGGGCGCCGUGGGGCUUGCUCGCGGUCGGGAAAGCCACGCGUUUUUCUUUCAGGCCACAGUAAUGGUGUUCAUCUGA